AGGCAGUAAUCAACCUGCACGAAACAACAGUCAUUGUUCGCAAGUCGCCGCGUUCGGGUUGUUGGUAUUCUCAAAACAUGAUUGAACCCAUCCAGGCAAUAACAACCAUCCUGAUUCUGGUCCUGUGUCAGGAUGUAGACGGCGCUGCGCUCAUCCAACGGCAGGAUCCUCCCGAUACGGUCAUCAACCUGCAGGGCCUAGGCUUGAUACGGGGAGGAUUGGGCCAGACAGCGCGCACCAACCAAACGAUCAUCCAAUUUUACAACAUCCCAUAUGCGGAGGCUCCGAUUGGGACGCGGAGGUUCAAGGCCCCGGUGAAGAUAGCGGCAUGGAACGAGGUACGCGACGUUAGCGAACCAGGUAAGGAGUGUCCCCAGCCGGUCGAGGGGAUGAACCAGGACGACGAAGACUGCCUGUCGCUGUCGGUGUUUACCAAGAAUACAACGGGAAACUAUUCGGUUAUGGUGUAUAUCCACGGUGGAUCGUUUUACUUGGGAGCAGCGGUUCAACACCCUCCGGACUAUCUGCUGGAACGGGAUGUGGUUCUGGUGGUGAUUCAGUAUCGGUUGGGACCGCUGGGUUUUCUGUCGACUUUGAGUGAUGUGAUCCCUGGAAACGCUGGUAUGCUGGACAUGAUCAUGGCGCUGGAGUGGGUUCAGGACCAUAUUGCGGACUUUGGUGGAAAUCCCGACAAGGUGACGGUGUUCGGACAGUCUGCCGGGGCAGGCGCCAUUUCGGCUUUGUUGUAUAGUCCACUGGUUUCGCAGAGGCUGUUCAACCAGGUCAUUCUUCAAUCCGGGGGAUCGUUGUCUACAUGGGCGGUGGAUCCGAAUCCAGUAACCAAUGCUAUCGACAUUGCCAAGUAUGCUGGAUGCAAUGAAAACUUGGCACUAGUCCAGAUAGAACAAUGCUUAUUGUCGGUAGAAACCACAAAGCUGAUCAAUGCCUUGCCGUUACACGCGGCCAACCAAUACGCAACGUAUGGAAUGGAAAACAUCGGAGGCUGUGGACUAGUGAUUGGUGGUCCGUCAGAAUUUCUGGUACGGAAGCCUAUGGAAUACGUCCAACGUGGUGAGGUACGUCGCGAUAUUCGGAUGAUGGGCGGAGUAACCAAGCAGGAUGGAUCAUUCAUAGUCAACAACAUCUAUGACGCGCUAGUGGCCUCAAAACUUAUCAACGACACCAAGUUUUUGCAGUAUGAUCUGCUGGAUAUGAUUAAUCGCUUUGCUGGCCUUGAUGAUGUCAGCGGGGCACUAGCAGCCUUCGAAAUAGAAUCUCUAUUUGACGCCGAUCAGCUAAAGAGUGGCAAUUUUACCCAGAUGGUCGAUGGAUUGAUUGAUGUUGCCGGUGCGAUUGUUAUCAAAGGCCCGUUGUUCAGAGAUAUCCAAACAAACGCACGGUAUAGUGAGAAGGAAACUUAUCUGUAUUCGUUCGAUUACGCUGGAGAGCACACCAGAUUCGGCUAUGGAGCAAAUACCUCUCACUACCCCUUCAAGGGUGGCAUCCAUCACUCAAACGACAACAUUUAUCUGUUUCCAUUCCCGGAUUUCGCCACCAACCUAAAUGCAGCCGAUACCAGAAUGUCCGAGAUCAUGGUUGACCUAUGGACUUCGUUUGCUAUCGAUGGCGUACCAAAGUCCUCGGGUGUACCCGAUUGGAAACCUGUUGACAGUGUCGUUGGGCCCUACAUGCACAUCAACUCUCCGGCGAUGAUGGGUCAAAACUUCUAUCGGGAAUUCUCGGCAACAGCCACCAAGACUAAGUCAAGUGCUUUCCGUGUCCAAGGGGGCUCGGUUAUCUCAGUGUUGCUCGUGUCCGUAGUGGUAGCUGUAGCGCAAUGGCACUAACCCAGCUAACGGAUGCUUAGAUUGUGAGAAAAGUCUGUUCUUAAACAGUUUUCAAUGUGCACUUCCACGUGGAUUCCAAUAUGCUUAUUUGUAUUACACUUUCAGAAACAUCCAGGUGGCGAUCUCGAAUCAAAUGCAUGGAACACUCGAACAAAAGCCACAUUCCAACUUGACCGAUCAACUAAUAUUGUGCCACAGAAACCAAUGAAAAUGAUUGUGAACGUGAUUGUACUUGAGUAGAGGAUAAGUUUAAAAUUUUAAAAGUGGGACUAACUGAACAAAUAUAUGUGCAUGUCGAUACAAACAA